CUCCUGCAGACGCUCGAGCUCCUGCAGACUCUCGACGACGCCGGGGGCUGCCUCUGGUCCGUGGCGAUGGCGGGGGGCCGGGCGCUGGCCGCGGCCGGCGACGACAAGAAGGUCCGCGUCUACCGCCUCCGCGAGGAGACGGGGCGCUUCGAGCUCCUGCAGACGCUCGACGACGCCGGGGGCACCCUGUCCGUGGCGAUGGCGGGGGAGGGCCGGGCGCUGGCCGCGGCUGGCGACGACGAGAAGGUCCGCGUCUACCGCCUCCGCGAGGAGACGGGGCGCUUCGAGCUCCUGCAGACACUCGACGACGCCGGGGACUGGCUCCGGUCCGUGGCGAUGGCGGGCCGGGCGCUGGCCACGGCCGGCGACGACAAGAAGGUCCGCGUCUACCGCCUCCGCGAGGAGACGGGGCGCUUCGAGCUCCUGCAGACGCUCGACGACGCCGGGGGCCGGAUCUGGUCCGUGGCGAUGGUGUGGGAGGGCAGGGCGCUGGCCGCGGCCGGCGACGACAAGAAGGUCCGCGUCUACCGCCUCCGCGAGGAGACGGGGCGCUUCGAGCUCCUGCAGACGCUCGACGACGCCGGGGGCUGCAUCUGGUCCGUGGCGAUGGCGGGGGAGGGCCGGGCGCUGGCCACGGCCGGCGACGACAAGAAGGUCCGCGUCUACCGCCUCCGCGAGGAGACGGGGCGCUUCGAGCUCCUGCAGACGCUCGACGACGCCGGGGGCUGCCUCUGGUCCGUGGCGAUGGCGGGGGAGGGCCGGGCGCUGGCCACGGCCGGCGACGACAGGAAGGUCCGCGUCUACCGCCUCCGCGAGGAGACGGGGCGCUUCGAGCUCCUGCAGACGCUCGACGACGCCGGGGGCCGCCUCCGGUCCGUGGCGAUGGCGGGGGAGGGCCGGGCGCUGGCCGCGGCCGGCGCCGACGAGAAGGUCCGCGUCUACCGCUGAUCCGCGAGGAGACGGGGCCGCCUGGCCGCGGCCGGCCCGCUGCGUGAUCUACUUCCUGUGGGGCUCCGUUCUCAAGGGCCGGGCGUAGGUGGCGAGUAGAGGAGGGCGCCGGGCGACCAGGACCAGCCGUCAUCCCUCUCCUCCCCCCUCCUGUUCCUCCGCUCGUCCUCCUGCUCUCUGCCACCGGCAGCUUUUCGGCGAGCGCGCCGCCUGCCAAGCUUUGCCCGCGACUCGGCGCCGCGGCUGUCCAAGGAUGUUCGGCUUAUUUCGGGAGAAGGGGAGCGGAGCAAUGGUGCCUGGACCGUACGCGCUGGCAGCAGCCCCCGUCCACGGCCUGGAAGCGCGGCUCUCCCCUUCGGCUCGGCCGCGCUGUCCGCUCGAGGGGGGAAGCAGGAGCAGGAAGUCGGUCCCGCCUCGGCGUGAGCCACAUUCCUGGCCCGAGUUGGCGCUCUUGGUUUUCGGGGGCUGCGCUCCGGUGCCCGCUGGUGGCC